UACCACAAUACUUAGCUAAGUGAUUAAUAAAUCGUUGAUUCUGAACCACGCAGUUACGGUCUUCCGGUUUUGGCUGCUGUCCGUUCCGUUUGAUUUUUAUGAUAAUCAUUAGUUUGUUUCACACUCUAUAAACGUAAUUAUUUUUCAUUCCAUAAUAUCAAAUGGAUAAAAAUAAUUAUAAUAAUCUCGAUUCCGAUGUAAAUACCUUUGACGUAAAUGACAAAACGCCGAUAAUAGGAUCUCCACAUAAGAACAAUUCUAGAUUACUGUCAAAACGAUGUCUUAUUCUAGCUCUCGUCGGAGUGGUGCUAUUGUUCACUGUUUCAGUUGCGUCCAUAGUUGUAUUCUCAAAAUAUUAUGGAUCCAACACCAGAACCCCCGACCCGGAAUUUCCAUUGCCACCAUCAAGUAUGCCAAUGGGCUUGUACCAUAAGGUCGGUGUCGUAUCAAACGGUGGACCGUGCGCACAAAUCGGAGUGGAUGUAAUGAAGAAUGGUGGAAAUGCCGUAGAUGCCGCAAUAGCUACAAUUUUGUGUGAUGGAGUCGUAUGUCCUCAUCAAAUGGGUGUUGGUGGAGGAUUUAUAAUGAGUUUCUACAAUGCCACUACCAAAAAAGUAAUGUCGAUCAAUGCACGUGAAAGAGCUCCAGCUGCAGCAGAAACGAACAUGUUUGUAAAUGAUCCAAUGAGUUCUAUAAACGGAGGGUUGGCUGUUGGAGUUCUAGGAGCAUUUAAGGGUUAUUCAGAUAUUUAUAAUUUAUACGGUGGUGGAGUUACAUGGAAAUCACUUUUUGAACCAACAAUAAAAUUAUGUGAAGAUGGCAUAAAGAUCAGUAAACAUCUAGAAAUAAGUUUGAAGGAUGAUGUAGAAUUAAUAAAAGCCGAUCCAAUGCUCAGACAAACAUUUUUCGAUGAAAAUACCAGGCGAUCAAAGAAAACUGGAGAAAUUUACAAGUUACCAAAGUUGGCAGAAACGUUAAGAACCGUAGCAGAGGAAGGUGUAGGUGCCAUAUAUAAUGGAUCAUUAACAUCAAAAAUUGUAGAUGAUUUAAAAAAAGUCAACGGUAUUAUUACAAAAGAAGAUUUAGCGGAAUAUUAUGUUGAAAUUGAAGAAUCGUUUUCCGUAAAAUUAAAGAAUGGAUAUACAAUACAUGCAGGACCACCUCCUGGUUCUGGUAUAAUAUUAGCAUUCAUUCUUCGUGUAUUGGACGGGAUUUUACCUGCACCCAAUGCUGGCUUAGAUGCACAUCGUUUGGUUGAGGCGUUUAAAUUUGGUUACGGCGAAAGAACACAUUUAGGUGAUCAUAAUUUUGUAGAAGUUUCCAAAAUUUACGAUAAAGUAAAGUCGGACAGUUACAUGGAUAGUAUACGAAAUAAAAUAUCCGAUAACUUCACUUCUUCAGACCCUAAAUACUAUGGAGCAGAUUUUAAUAUGCCAGAUAAUCAUGGAACCGCCAACUUGGCCACAAUUGAUCGGAUGGGAAACGUUGUCGUAUGCACUAACACAAUCAAUACACAUUUCGGCUCUGGUUUCAUGUCCCCUAACACCGGCAUUAUUUUUAAUAACCAAAUGAAUGAUUUUUCUACCCCGGGAGUCUCUAACCAUUAUGGAAUUCCAUCGUCACCAUCCAAUUACAUAAAACCAGGGAAACGACCAAUGUCUUCUAUGUGCCCAACUAUAUUUACAGACGAAAAUGGUGAUUUUGCUCUUGCGGUAGGAGCAGCGGGAGGUUCGAAAAUCACUCUUGCUACUUCCUAUGCGUCCGCUCUAAGAUUAUGGCACAAUAAAACAUUGAAAGAAGUAAUAGAUAAACCUAGAAUUUACCACCAACUUAUGCCUAUGCAAGUUCAAUACGAAUACGGAACGACAAGGGAUGUAGUGCAAAAACUUAAAGAUAUUGGUCAUACAGUAAUUAGAUUGAAAGAUAAUGGUGGAUCAGGUGGUUCAGCGGCAUCAGCUAUUGCCAGGUCUCCGUCAGGAAUGAUCGAGGCUAUGCCAGAUUUCCGGCGGAAAGGAAAUUCGUCUGGAUAUUAAUGCGGUGAUGUUAAUUUCUUGUUCCAAUCAUGAUGGUGUGUGCUCAGAAUUAUUUGUUUAUUUAAUAUAUUUUGAUCAAGAUCAUGUGCAAUUUACAAUACUACUUAUAAUUAUAAAUUAUUUUUAUGUAUAUAUAAUAUUAUAUUUAAACGAACCACUAUAAUUGAUGAUUUCAAAUGCAUCACAAUAUAACUGUUGUAAAUAUUUCUAAUUUCAAUGAAGAACAAUGAAUGAUAAUUUUCUAAAGGUUUGUGAUAGGCAUGUACCAUAAGAUCGUUUUUCUGAAAAUUUUUAGCCCUUUCCAUAUUUUGUUUUGUUUACCAACGAUUUAACAACUGAUAAGAAUAUAGGAUAAUAUAUUUUUUAAGAAAUAAAUUAUUCUGAAAAUCUCAAA